GCUGCCUACCAUACCGUUGACUUGCUCCUUGCUGCUUUGUUUUGCUUACUCAUUCAUUUGUCCUUUCUUGCCCUGACUAGACAUUUAGUCAGCACCUACUAAAUGGCUGGGGCUCACUCUGGACUGCAGAGCUCUUUGAGGGUGGGGGCGUGCCUCACUGCUCUCCUGCCUGCACUCUAUGUAGCAAGGGAGCUAAUGCUCCAUUUCCACCCCUCCUCAGUGAGUCGGUAGUUAGCGCUGAGGCUGAGGCCCCUUCAGCUGCAAUCGCUGUGGACUGGCUUAACUCUGCCUUUCUCACCUAGCUCUGGGGGCUAGGAGUGAGCAAGGGAACGGGAGGAAGAGGGCAGUCCAGCGUGGGGGAUAGGUUCUUCUCAGGGGCCCAUUCAUCCCUCAAGACCCCAGUUCUUGUCCUCCUAUUCUAGCCCUUGAUCUCGGGGACGUGGAUGCCCUCCCUCUAACACCCACCUCUGGAGUGUAGAAGAAUGCAGACUGUGCUGGAAAUCUAGAGUUCUGUGUUCUCACUGCAGCUUUGCUGCCUGACUUUCUGCAAGCUACCUUCCCUUCUUGGGCCUCAGUUUCCCUCCCUGCUGACCCAGAAGAUCUCUAAGGCCCCCUCUAGCUCUACCCUGAAAAACUCAUCUCUUCACCCCAACUCCUUCCCCAGUUCAGAGAACCCAGGCAUCCAGCUGCCCCACCCAGCUCUGGGUAAACAGGAAGCUGGGUGAGGGGAGCAGGGGUGUGUGGAAAGUCCCAGCCAGGUGUGUGGCUCUAUGGGGAGGGGGUGGCCCCACCCCUGAGCUAUGAAAGCCCCCCUGCCCUGGCCCUGGCUCAGUCUCAAUGGGGGCACUGGGGCUGGAGGGCCGGGCUAGGAGGCCCCAGGGGAUGGACUGCCUCCUGCUGGCUGUGGCAGGCGCCACUUCCCUGGUGACCCUGCUGCUAGCUGUGCCUAUCACUGUGCUGGCUGUGCUGGCCUUCGUGCCCCAGGAGCAGGGAGGACUGGGUCCCAGGAACAGUCAGAGGAGGAGGCAGAAACAGAUCUCAGUCCCAGGCUCCCCGCUGCCCACAUCAUAG